AUGGAACCGAGAUACAAGCUUCUGGAAAACCUUCCGCUUAGUGUUUGGCUAUACCUUAAAGACUUCCUGCAACCAACCGACCUUGAAAAUAUCCUUGUCACAGGCUCACACCUCUGGAAACAUAUCUUCAAAGACACAAAAUGGCUUGAAUUUGCUCAGACAUUUGAUCAAUAUCAUGCUAUGAAAGUUCUUGGACCAGCUGAUAUGACGACGCCAAACGCAAACCCUAGGGAAGUCUGGGAUCAGCCUGCCUCCGAUAGAGAGUCCAUCGAAUCUGGCUGCAUCCUCAAAACUUGGCAUAUGCAGAAAUUCGAAAAGUUGCAAAUAGUGCCAAGGCGUGCCAAUGGGAAUGCUAGGCACCGCUGGCCUGUAAUGGUCAAUUUCGAGACCGGCGAGCAUUACGAACAUGUUCUUGAGGACUGGGAUGAGUUUUUUGAAAGAUCUACCCGGCAGGACCCUUCAUUUCGGGACCUCUUUAAUCGAAUUAUGAAUAUCCGCAGAUAA